AGCGGGCCUGCUGCUCAGCUGGUCCGGCUCGGUUACCGGUGGUCCUCGGUUUGUGGCGACUAGAUACUUCAGCCGGGCUGAUACAGAUGUCUUCAAAAGGGCCAGUGGGCUGUCGCUUUCAAGAUGUUGACUCAAAGCCGAAGUCCAAAAGUAGAGAUCCAGCCAUGCCACACCUGUUUGUGUACAGCCGCCAGGACUUUGUCAAAGCUGUGUGUCGUCACAGUGAACACUGUCCUGCCGCGGUGGCAGUGCCGACAAUGUUCGACUCUACUCUCCGAGCUGGCUGGACUCAAAGAAUGGAGAGGGGGCUCUUCCGCUACCAUCUUGGGGAUUUAGAAACUCGUAUCCUACCGGGUCCAAAUGGCUAUGUGGCUCAGCUGAAUAUUCAGCGAGGGACAGAAAGAAGGAAGCCUGAGAAGAUACUGAGCAUUCAGCAGGAGUUUAAUGCCAGCCAGUUCAACUUCAACAAGAUAAAUCCGGACGAAGUUGUAUUUGAGAUGACGAAGGACACGUAUGGAGACACGACUUUACGUGAUGAGGGACAGUUGUCUGAUCCCUGCAGAGUGGUUGUAUUGAUCAAUGUCAGCCCACUGGAGUUUGGACAUUGUCUCUUUGUUCCAGAUCCCUCACGCUGUUUCCCACAGAUCCUGACGAGGUCUGCAGUCCAGGUUGGGAUUGACUCUGUGCUCCUAAGCUCAGAUCCGGGUUUUCGUGUGGGGUUCAACAGUCUCGGAGCAUUUGCAUCUGUCAACCAUUUACACCUUCACGGAUAUUACCUGGACCAUAAGCUGAAGAUAGAGUCCAUGCAGGUUAAGCCUUUGAUACCUGAAAAGGGAUUGUAUCGUAUCCAGGUCUUUCCUCGAGGAUUCUUGUUUUAUACAGAAUCAGAAGACGUAGACAAUGUGGCAAAAGCCAUCUGUCAAUGCACAGAUUUUCUUGUGAAUGAAGAUAUUGCUCACAAUCUGUUCAUGACCAGAGGUUGUCCACCAUGCCGGCGCUUUCGGAGAAAAAACGAUAACAUUUUAAGAAAUGGCGUACGUAUUGCCAUAUGGCCUAGAACAUCCUGCUUUGGUGCCAAAGAGGAAUCUGCUUUCAACGUUGCACUUUGUGAACUGGCUGGGCAUUUGCCAUUCAAGAACAGAAAGGAUUAUGAGUGCACAACUGAGAAAGAUGUCAUUGAUACAGUACAGAAGUACCUUUUACCGGAUGACGCAUUUGUCAGGUUGGAGGAGAAGCUCACUAAUCACUUACUGACUUUAUAAUGCGUGGACAGAAUUAAGCCAAACAAUGACAUCACAAGCCACAUCAGAAGUCAAACAUCUUCACACAGCUAAAUAAAUAGACUGCAUUUACAUUGGGAUCUACGGUACUAGUUUUGUUGAGCACUUGAAGUACUUUACCCUACACGCCACAUGUUCUGCAACAGUUUCUGUACUGUUCUUUCCAAGUCUGUGCUGGGCUCUUUCUCCAUCAUAUUCACAGUCACAUAUCAGUCAGAAUGUACCCAAAAGUCUUUUGUUGUGAAAUGGAUGUGUGGAUUGACCCAUCUAACAGUCCUGCAAACAUUUGGUGAUGGCUAGACAAUGUUUUUUUUUUUUUAUGAAUAUUUGAACGCCUUUGGACCACUGAAUUGAAAAUGGUUUUAGUUUCAUCACAGAACGCAUGGGUGACACCUGCUGGUACAGUGGUUGUACAGCCUUGCAUGUGGACUGUUGAGUCUUGUUGAAUUGAGAAAAUUACUUAAAUAAAGCUGAUAUCUAACUUAA